AUGUACCUCAUAUCUAGAUUAAGUAAAGUUCAUAAAUCUCAAGAAGAUAUUGCAGCUAUUCAAGAUUAUAUGAGUCAAUUACAACAAUUUCAUGCUCCAUAUGAAAUACUUAAAGAAGUAUAAAUAAUUUUAUAUAGCUAUGUUAUAGUAUGAAUUAUAAAUCAUUCAAACAUGGUGAACAUGUAAAGAAUAAAAGUGAAUAUGCUUAUUUCAUCCUCAAAGGUUAAAUAUUAGCUGAUAAUGGUGAUACAUAUAGUAUUGAUUCAUGGUACGAUUUAGAUUAUUCAUUCUAUGUAGUGGUACUAAUUCUCAUUUAAAAAGGUCGAUACACAUUGUAUUAUAGUACCCAUUAAUAUUUACAAAAAUUUUAAUCAUACUCAUGGAUCUAAUUUUUAAUAUCGCAAAAAUAUUUUAUUAUAAAAUAUUACUUCUAUUGAUAAAAUUAACUCUAGCAAAAUUUAAGAAAAACUAAUCAGAACUUUUAUUGAAACUACUUUAUCUGCUGGAAACAUCAUUUAUAAAUAGAAUGAAUCUGCUUAAUAUCUUUAUGUUCUCUCAGAAGGAAUUUUACAAAUUUCUCGAUUUUAUGAAAAAAACAUGACUCAUUAUGAAAAAUAAGUCUUACCUAAAAAGUAUUGGCAAACAGAAAUUAAUAUUUGUUAACUUACUAAUUCAGGUGUCAUAGGUGAAGAACUUCUUUAUUAGGAAUAUGCAUUUUAUAAUGUUAAAGUAAUCUCUAAAAUUGCAGUUUUAUAAAUGAUAUCAAUAAAAUAGUUAAAGAACUUUUUAAAUAUUAAUGUUGUCAUUUAAUCUUUAUAAGAUUUAUUUCAUGAUAAACAUAUCUAAAGAGAAGAAAUCUAUAAUCAAUAAUGUGAAGAAAUGGAAAAGAAUUGGCAAUCUACUUCUAAAUAAAUGAUUAUCAACUCAGAAAUCAAAAAAAGUUUCAGUUUCAAAGUUCUUAAAUCUAACUCUGAAAAAUAAACUAAAAAUAAUUCUACGAAUGCUAAUAAAAUAAAUAUUAGUAAUACUCCUAAUCAUCAAGAUGAAGAACUUGCUGAAUUUUAAAGAACAAAAAGUCCUGUAAAAAAGAUACCUAAUUUUAUUCAACAAUAUUUUAAAUAAAAAUAAUUAGAAUCGACUAAAAAAACUAAUGAAAUAACAUUAUAAUAAUUUAUUUAAAGAUAGCAACAUUGUAAUAAUCCAUACUAAUUAUUUGAAAAAGUUCAUGAUCCACUUAAUUAUAUUUAGAAAGGAUCAAAUUAUAAAAGAUAACAAUUUUCAGUCUUAAUUUAAAAUGGAAUUGUCAAAAUAAAGAAUCCUUAAAUUCCGAAAUAACCAAAACGACCUAUUACAUCAUAUCUUGGAGAUGAAUCAAGUACUAAUAAUAAUAACAACAAUAAUGAUAAUUCUUUGUAAUAACCAGCAAGAUUAUUAGUAAAGAGUGUACAUACUCCUAAACCUAUAGUUAAUUCUUUGAAAAAGUUUUAUAGAUGUUAGUCAGCUAAUAAAACUAAAGGAUUCUCUUUAUUAGGAAAAUCAUAUUAAUAAUAAUCAAGUAAAAUAUAUAUCGAUAUUAGGCCCAAGAGACAAUAUGUUUUACUUAAGAAGUAAUUCAAGCCACAACUUUAAAUUAACUCUAAAUAAAUCCUCAAAUUAAAGUUAAUAAUUACNGAAACAUCAUUUAUAAAUAGAAUGAAUCUGCUUAAUAUCUUUAUGUUCUCUCAGAAGGAAUUUUACAAAUUUCUCGAUUUUAUGAAAAAAACAUGACUCAUUAUGAAAAAUAAGUCUUACCUAAAAAGUAUUGGCAAACAGAAAUUAAUAUUUGUUAACUUACUAAUUCAGGUGUCAUAGGUGAAGAACUUCUUUAUUAGGAAUAUGCAUUUUAUAAUGUUAAAGUAAUCUCUAAAAUUGCAGUUUUAUAAAUGAUAUCAAUAAAAUAGUUAAAGAACUUUUUAAAUAUUAAUGUUGUCAUUUAAUCUUUAUAAGAUUUAUUUCAUGAUAAACAUAUCUAAAGAGAAGAAAUCUAUAAUCAAUAAUGUGAAGAAAUGGAAAAGAAUUGGCAAUCUACUUCUAAAUAAAUGAUUAUCAACUCAGAAAUCAAAAAAAGUUUCAGUUUCAAAGUUCUUAAAUCUAACUCUGAAAAAUAAACUAAAAAUAAUUCUACGAAUGCUAAUAAAAUAAAUAUUAGUAAUACUCCUAAUCAUCAAGAUGAAGAACUUGCUGAAUUUUAAAGAACAAAAAGUCCUGUAAAAAAGAUACCUAAUUUUAUUCAACAAUAUUUUAAAUAAAAAUAAUUAGAAUCGACUAAAAAAACUAAUGAAAUAACAUUAUAAUAAUUUAUUUAAAGAUAGCAACAUUGUAAUAAUCCAUACUAAUUAUUUGAAAAAGUUCAUGAUCCACUUAAUUAUAUUUAGAAAGGAUCAAAUUAUAAAAGAUAACAAUUUUCAGUCUUAAUUUAAAAUGGAAUUGUCAAAAUAAAGAAUCCUUAAAUUCCGAAAUAACCAAAACGACCUAUUACAUCAUAUCUUGGAGAUGAAUCAAGUACUAAUAAUAAUAACAACAAUAAUGAUAAUUCUUUGUAAUAACCAGCAAGAUUAUUAGUAAAGAGUGUACAUACUCCUAAACCUAUAGUUAAUUCUUUGAAAAAGUUUUAUAGAUGUUAGUCAGCUAAUAAAACUAAAGGAUUCUCUUUAUUAGGAAAAUCAUAUUAAUAAUAAUCAAGUAAAAUAUAUAUCGAUAUUAGGCCCAAGAGACAAUAUGUUUUACUUAAGAAGUAAUUCAAGCCACAACUUUAAAUUAACUCUAAAUAAAUCCUCAAAUUAAAGUUAAUAAUUACAAGUUUGUUAUACAGACAAAAAAAUACAAUGCGAAGAAUCAUUAUUGUGA